CCCUUUCAUCAGUAUAUAAACACAAUUAGGCUUAAUAAUAUUUUUUUUUCUUAUUGAUUUGUAAUUUAUUGUUUAGUGUUAUAAUAUUUGUUAAUUAAUUUUAUUCAUGAAAUAUUCCCUUUAAAAAAUGUCUCGUCAUCGAAACAUACGAACACGUACUUUUUCCGAAGAAUAUGAUGAUUAUGAUUAUGACCAAUAUGGACGUUCUGUGGAAGAAGAUUUAUGCAUCUCACCCGGUACAGCAAACAUGUAUCUAUAUGAGAAUAAUAUGAAUACUUUUCCAGAAUCAUUGGAUCAACCAUCUGAAACUGAUGAUCUUACAAGUACAAAGCUUAAUUCUUGUAUCCAAUUUAUUCGUGAUGCGAUUGGUGAUUCGAAAUCUGAAGAGGAAAUUCUAUUUGCCUUAAAACAAACUAAAUGCGAUCCCGAAUCAGCCAUAGACUUUUUAUUAUCAAAUCAACGAGAAAAAAAGGAGAAACAACAAAAAUCCGAAAUUAUUGUCACAGCGAUAGAGUCGCGAAAUUCUAAAUUAUUUAGAGCUGUAACGACAAAAUUGCCAAAUUCAACAAAAAACAAUGCAAACAACCCCAUCAUCAGCAAUGAUUUAAAUCAUUAUAAAAUUAGAAAAUUUUUAAAAGAUUUCAUGAUAAAAUCAUUGAAGAUAUACAAGAAUCAAAUCGCAGCUCAAAGAGAUUCUCCAAAACUUAUCAAAAAACAAACAACAGUUAACUCAGAAAGCAAUAAAAAAGCCGAAAAUGUCGAAACAGCCAAAAGAAUCGUUCCAACCAAGAUGAUGCUCCAAACACCUGAAAAGUCAUCAGUUCCACCCAGUCCAAUUAGCGCUAAAAUAAUUAGACAGAAUAUCAAACAAAAAAGUAUUGAAGAGAUCGGAAAAAUCUACCAUACGAAACGAAUAGAUGGUAAAAAAAUGCUACUAAAUUUGGUGAUUGCUGGUCAUGUUGAUGCCGGUAAAAGUACAAUCAUGGGACACCUAUUGGCUUUGUUGGGCAAUGUUUCCAAGAAACAUAUGCAUAAGAAUGAAACCGAAGCUAAAAAACUUGGCAAAGCAUCUUUCAUGUAUGCCUGGGUGUUGGAUGAAACUGAUGAAGAAAGAAAUCGUGGUAUAACCAUUGAUGUUGGUCAUCAUUGUUUCGAAACAUCAAAACGUAUUGUCAAUAUUCUGGAUGCACCGGGACAUCGAGAUUUUAUACCGAACAUGAUAAUGGGAACGACAAAAGCUGAUGUGGCCAUGUUGGUGAUAGAUGCUACAAAUGGUGAAUUUGAAAGUGGUUUCGAAGCCGGUGGUCAAACACAGGAACAUAUUUUAUUAUUACGAUCAUUCGGAAUAACACAGGUGGCAAUUGUCAUAAAUAAAAUGGACAAUGUUGAUUUCGAUCAAACACGAUAUAAGCAAAUAGUCGACAAGAUACGAAAAUUCUUAAAACAAGUAGGCUUUAAAGAUCAAUCGGUGGAAUAUAUACCUUGCAGUGGUAUGACUGGUGAUAAUCUCAUUGAAUUAUCAAAAAAUCCAAACUUUAAUUGGUAUAACGGGCCAACAGUGAUCGACAUUAUAGAUAAUUUCACAUGUUCUCCACGUCUUGUGGAUAAACCUUUUCGAAUGUCGAUUAGUGAUUUAUUCAAAGGACAAACUUCGGGUAUUUAUUUAUCUGGAAAAAUCGAUUAUGGUUAUGUAGAGGCAAAUCAAAAAUUACUCAUUUUACCGAAUAAUGAAUACUGUACCGUAAAGAAUAUCACCAUCGACAACGAAAAUCAACUGGAAGCAUUCGCAGGUGAUGUUGUCUCUUUAAACAUUACUCAAGUCGAUGGUUUAGAAAUUUCCAUCGGAAACUUACUUUGUGAUAUUCUUUCGCCUUGCACUAUGGCCACCAAAUUCGAAGCUCGUAUCGUUACUUUUGGCACUAUUGGAAUGCCCCUAAUAAAUGGUUCAUCAGUGAUAAUUUAUUCGGUUUGUUUGAAUGAAGUAGUUACAUUGACCAAACUAUGUGCACAAUUAGAUAAAAACAAAAAUGAAGUGAUCAAACGGAAUCCACGGUUGUUGGGCAAAAACCAAGCUGCAAUUGUCGAGAUUACUUCACAGAAACCGAUUUGUAUUGAAACAUUCGAUAAUAGUAAAGAAUAUGGACGUUUUGUCAUUCGUUCAGAACAUUUUACAAUGGGCACUGGUAUUGUAACAAAAAUUUUGAAAACUAAUUAAAUUUUUUAAAAAUUA